CAAGAGAGGAAGACUGAUAAGAAAUGAAAAAUCGAAUGUUUAAAAUAUUUGUUUGAACCCCAUUUAUUUUAGAUUUCAAAGGUGAUUGCCUUUUUUUUCAAUGUUAUGAGUCUGCUGAAGACGAUUGGGCUCAAACGAGUGAAUUAUUGGCCAUCAUUUUGUCCUAAACAAGGAUAUUGCUAGUACUUAAUCGUGCUUGAUCUGAAUUUCCUAAAGCCGACUGGGCUCAAACGAGUAUUCAUUGAUCUUCUAUAUUUCAUUUCAAUCUUCCCCUUAAAUCCUAGUAUUUCCAUCGAUGUUCAAUCGCGUUUUGUGCGAUCUCUUGGCUAUCGCAUGAGUCCAAACAAUCCGUCUCUUCUGGGGUUGAAUGUGGGAGGCGGGGUGCAUGUGAAGCUGAGGCUUCGGAGGCCUAACAGAGAUUGUAAUUUCUUCCCCUUUGAUCAAGUUCUUGAUACAAUGCUUCAUGAGCUUUGCCAUAACGCCCAUGGCCCGCACAAUGCCAGUUUCUACAGGCUUUGGGAUGAACUUAGAAAGGAAUGCGAGGAGCUGAUGGCCAAGGGAAUAACAGGCACGGGGGAAGGCUUUGAUCUUCCUGGGAGGCGUUUGGGUGGUUUCUCCCGUCAGCCUCCCCUAUCAUCUCUCAAGAAAACUGCAUUAGAGGCUGCAGAAAAGAGAGCACGUUUGGGAUCUCUUCUGCCAUCUGGACCCAAACGUCUUGGUGGUGAUAGCACUAUUAUGGUUGCACUUAGUCCAAUACAAGCUGCCGCAAUGGCUGCAGAGAGAAGAUUACAGGAUGACAUCUGGUGUGGUUCUCAGUCUUGCGAAGCUUCUGGGGAUGAAGAAAGUAGCUCUGAUAUUUUGCAGAACCUUGUAAAUAUGGAGCAAAUGGGGGGAAGCUCAAGGCUAGAGGGUGGUAAGAGUGCACAUUCUGUGGAUGCAAUCUCCCGGAAAAGAAGUCAGGAAUCAGAUCGAAGUUUGUUUUAUCAAUCUUCCAAUGAUCAUUUGGAAUCCAAUUUGGAUGCUUCAACCCCUUGUUCCAUGCUUCACCAUGAAAAUAUAUCUCAAAAAAGAAUUUGCAAAUCAGAUAACACUUCAUUUUCUCAGUCUACUCAUCGGCAAGAAUCUGAUUUUAUGGAUUUACCCAAUCCCUCUUCUGAGCCCGGGCAUAGUCAUGAUACAAUACCUGAUAGAACACUGAAUCCAGAGGAACCUCUUAUGUGGGAGUGUGGAACAUGCACUUUGUUGAAUCCUCCAUUGGCUCCAAUAUGUGAGCUUUGUAGCACGCAAAGGCCUAAAGAUAUUCAUAUCAAGUACAAAAUAUGGCCCUGUAAGUUUUGUACAUUGGAAAACAGUGUGGAGCUGGAGAAAUGCUCUGCCUGUGGUCAGUGGAGAUACUCGCGUGGAGCACCUGUGUCAAUGCCAGCACCGAAUGUUGGCACUUAAAGAGGUACAAUUCAAUUGGCCAACAAUCUUCCGUGUGCUCUUUUUCCAAGUCAAUGCAAAAGCAGAAAUUUUGCCAAUAUACUUUUUGAUCAAGUUGUUAUGGCCAUUUUCUUGGGAAUGAGAAUUAAGAAUGUCCUUAUAUUCUCAGGAUCGAUUCUGCGCAUCUGUGUUCAUAUUUUGCUUAUUAAUAUAUACUUGGUUUUGGUACUUGAUAAGUCUCAGCUGUACAGAAAAGAGAGAACAGAUGCUUAAAUUGACUCACUUAUACAGAGAAUUUUUCUCCAAGGCCUGUCGUUGAAGAUUGAUCUACAAAGUCUUGAGUCGAAUAAUGCAUGGCUGAUGAAUGUCGAAAGCAGAUUGAAUGAAUGAUCCAAAAGAGAAGUAUUUGGAGAUCCACAAUGGGAUAUUGAACUCAACUAGUGCAUGUCAAUGAACAUGACUAAAUAUGGGUUAUUGAAAAUGAUUGCCUCCCAAGUCCACCUUUUUAUAUGUAGACAAUUUCAAUGUGGGUUAUUUAAAAUAGGUGGUAAGGAAUUUUAAAUUUUAAGUAAAGGGGAAAUGCAUUACUGGCAAGUAGCUGUCGUUAGCCAGCAAUGGGGACCAGCACAUCGCUUGUUGUUGGGGACACACUCUUUAUCAUCCCAUUAAUUCUUGGAACACUAUGAUGU